AUGGUACUGGUUUUAUGUCUGCCCAAGUUCCUAAGAAGUGUCUGCCGAUGGCUGGAGUGCAAGACUGUUAAACCUCUUGUUGUAGGUCUACUGGCACCCUUGGAAACGUUGCCCUGCAAGGUUGCUAGCAAGUGUGGUUUUAUCACAAGUGCAAGACUGUUAAACCUACUGGCACCCUUGGAAACUUUGCCCUGCAAGGUUACUAGCAAAUGUGGUUCUGUCAAAGUUAUACUGAUCGCUGCUCCUCAUGGUACUGGUUGUAUGUCUGCCCAAGUUCCUAAGAAGUGUUUGCCGAUGGCUGGAGUGCAAGACUGUCAAACCUCUUGUGGCUCUACUGGCACCCUUGGAAACUUUGCCUUGCAAGAUUGCUGGCAAGUGUGGUUUUAUCACAGUUAA